UUGAGUGCUUGGCUAAAAACUGAAGGACGUAAAGCCUAUGUUGUAUUAGUUUCCACCAAAAAUCGAAACAGAUUCCAAAUCCAAAUUUACGCUGUCACAAAUUAUAAUUCAGGCCACGCCCUUGGAUUCUAUCAUGAACAAGGUCGUUACGAUCGUGAUUCUUAUGUAUCCAUCGUUUCCAACAAUAUCCAGAAUGGAUAUCUUAGUCAGUUCACCAAGCAAGCUAGAUCGACGAUGGAAGAUUACGGUGUUGGAUACGAUUAUGGAUCCGUAAUGCACUACGACCAAUUUAGCUUCAGUGCUAAUGGCCGCAAUACCAUCCAAACCAUCGACGGUAACUACCAACAAACCAUUGGUCAACGUGAUGGUCCAUCGUUUAUGGACGUUAAAAGGAUCAACUUGGCCUACUGCAACAGUCAGUCGUCAAACUUACCAUGCCUUAACGGCGGCUAUACCGACCCGAAAAACUGUAAUGCCUGUCGCUGUCCCAGCGGUUUGGGUGGAACUCUCUGCGAUCGUGCGGCCGUCAACCCCUCCCAGUGUGGAUCUGGAGAUCUUACAGCAGAUGCUUCCAUGAAAACACUAACUGUUAGAGGAGCUGCCAGCUGCUCUUUUGUCAUCAAAGCACCAUCUGGCCGACGCGUUUAUUUCGAGGUGCCUUCCUUCACAUUUACCGCUGCUAAUCUCUGCCAAUACAACUUCCUCGAGAUUAAAUACGCUGCUGAUCUUCAGAGAGGAGGCGCAAGAUUCUGUUUAUCGCCACCUCGGAAUUCGUACUCAGAAAGCGACACCCUCGUGGUCAUUUACAGAGGUUCUUCGUACACUUCAUUCACGCUGAACUACAGAUAUGAUCCACCCACUGCUAUUGCCCCAACUCCUAGCCCGACGACUACCACACCGAGACCCACAGCAGCUACAACGACUACUCAACGAAGUAAGACUUUUUUGUAG